AUGCAUUUUCAUAAAAAAAAAAAAUAUAAAUGCAAAAAUAUAAUAUAUUAUUAUUAUUAUUUUUUAAAAAUGUAAAAAAUAAUUUUAAAAUUUAAUCAAAAUAAUAAAAAAAAGGACCUUGGAGUCAAAUAGAAGACACAAUAUUGUCUAAUUGGGUAAAAUAAAAUGGUACAAGAAAAUGGUAAAUGUGUUCUGAAUUAAUAGAAGGUAGAAAUGGUAAAUAAUGUAGAGAAAGAUGGUUUAAUAGCCUUGAUCCAUAUUUGA